AUGAGAGGCCGGGCAUGAAGUGCAACCCCGUCCAAUGAUUAUGGGGGAGAGGUGAUAAUGACUUCCUAUCAAGAGUUAACGGCCGAAGGGAAGAGUAGCCCUCUGUUCACGGGCUGCUGCCGAGCAAAAGAGGUCAUAAACCGGGACCUGAACGGCAGAACUCUCCCUGAACUCGACAGUCAUGAUGUGGAGGGGAAACUGGAGGUGGAAGUAGCCUCAGGAUUUAAUACUCCGCAUCCCCGGUACUUAACUCUCUCCAACAGUUUGACUCUGUGCACCUCUUUGGACAGCCCUCCUCCUCCUCCUCCUCCUCCACCACCGUGUGAGGCUCUCGAGGGCUUCUCGACACCGGCCUGCCCCCACUCGUCCCGUGUCCCCUGGCGGUGCAGGGCGCAGGGGCAGGGCUCUGCAGGACGCGGAUCAUACUGCGCGUCAAAUAACAACGAAACGCUACAAUCCGGCUUUGGGUCACUUACUGAGACAAUUCAAAGCUGCUCCCGUAAUGGCCCCGAGAUUCACGUCGCUAUGGGGAGAUCAGCUGGCUCGGACUGUAACGUAGCUCAUAUGGAUGUAAGCAGUAAAACUUUUGAGUGGAUGAGAGUGAAGAGGAGUCAGCACCGAGCGGUCAGGAUGCACAUGACCUGUGGGUUCAGUAUCGGCUCGGUCCUCGGUGCUGUUGAGGCUGGAAGCAGCAGCAUGUGCACGGAUGGCCAGCCCACGGUGAACGGGGCCCCGAGGACCAGCUUCAGCACCAAGCAGCUGACCGAGCUGGAGAAGGAGUUCCACUUCAACAAGUACCUGAGUCGGGCCAGGCGGGUGGAGGUGGCCGUUGCCCUGCAGCUCAGCGAGACGCAGGUGAAAGUUUGGUUUCAGAACAGACGCAUGAAGCAGAAGAAAUUACAGAGAGACGGGCUGCUCUCCGACCCGGGGCCCGCGGCUGCGCAUUCAAACGCCGACUUUUUGGACACCUGCCCCUCUCCUGGACCGACCCCGCCAAAACACCUGCCCCUGAACUCCUGAACCGCAGGAGCUGCACAGCGCGUCACACAUGCACGGGCGCCUGCCUGCAGAUGUUUUGAUUCCAGUUUGCAUCGGUUUCAAUCAGGCUUCACCUUUAUUUGCUUACCACGAUGGAUGCUUAUCGCAAGAAGCGCAAUGCCAAGUUUCUUCAUGCAAGAACGGGUCAAAACAAUUUGUCUUCCUCCCCCGGCUUCAGUCUGGCGCUCUGAUUUGAAUAUUAAAAUUCGAGUCCUUGCAUCCUCUCUAGACAAUGUAAACACGGAAACAAAAUUAUAUUAAUUGCCCAUAGAAACUGUGGCAGACUAUUUGUUUAUUUAUUUUUGGACAAUUUGUCCAGGAACUGAAUUUACGUAUAUAUAUGAUCAACAGGACACGUUGCUCCUAGUUUUGUUUAAAAUGUAUAUUAUUUUUAUUUAUUUAAGGUCUUCAUUUGAUCAUGUUUUUUUCAGUUUGCUAAGACAGGAACUAUACAUAUUAAGUCAGUUGUACUAUUUAUUUCACCAGAUCGCACACUGCUUUCUCAAUCAAUUUAAGUUGCAGCUUAAUGGAGCUUUCUUUUUCCAUUGCUUUGAACCUGUUGUAGAAAAAUCACAUCCUCAACAUGUUAGACAAUAAUUAUCAUUCUAAUUUAAAAGAGCUUUAAUAUUGUGUAUUUUGACAGGUUUUAGGGUUUUCCUCCACGGAAAGAUUAAAACCAUAAUUGACUGAUAGAUGUAGCCUAUUGAUCGCUCGUAUUCGAACUAUUGAUCCGUGGUGAUCCAUCUAUUCGAGGCACAAUUCUGGGAGCAUUUGCAUGCAUCUGUAACUGCAUGUUAAUGGGAUGUAGAAACAUCACGAUCGGGAGUUGUUGCGUCUUUUAUUACCUCUAUAUACAUGCAUCAGAAAAUGAUAAUUUAGCCUGAACACUCAUGCGGGAGAGCAGACAAUAAAACGCUGUCUGUGCUGUUUUGCAGAUCAACCAAUAAAUUGUGUUGCCCCAGCAGCUCGGGCUGCUAAAUAUUCCUUCCGGAUUCACAUCUCAUCUCAUAUAAAGUAAAUGAUUGUAAACUCGGCCCUUAAACACUGUUAUGUUCCCGGAUCGCAAUGCGUUUCUGUCAUGUUAAUGUCUAUUCAAAUAUCAAGAUAUGAGGCCAUCAGCCACAUUAAUUCUAUAUGUGGGAAUAUUUUUGUUUAGCUUUCAAUUAGCGGUGUUUGCUCGGGAUAUGAACGUUAGUAGAUCCACCGCGGAUGUUAAUGACAACAAAGGAAUUAAACCGUAAACCAGCUGGGUGUCGCUUAGAAAUAAAGAGCGAGAAACAAAAUGAAUAAAUUAGACCGUUUCAACCCCCUUUUUACGUGUCCUCAUUAAAAUUUGGCGUGUAAAAAAUAUUAAUAAGAUAAUUAUUAGACAGUUGCUCCUCUGCAAUGCGCAGGAGUAGACACGAAGCUAAAAUAUGCAGUUACACCGGAGUUCACCUCUCACCUAUUGACCUUUGGCUUGCCUCGGGAUAACGAUGACCCGGUCAGCGGCUCGGAGAGAGAAAGAUGCACCAUUCAUUUGGAUGACCUCGAAGUCUGAGAUUACUUUUUUCUUUAUAUAUUUUUCUAUUUUCCCCCCAACAAAACCCGGAACGCUUUUGUUCUGGGUGUCUGUGUCUACACGAUAUUUCAUCCAGCUGAAUAGAGGGGCGACUGGGCCAUAUGAUAAUUGUUCAUAUUAUAAUUUCAUACUAGUCCACAUAAUGCAUUAUUUCUACACCUAGAGCUAACCUAAUUUUUGCCCAAUCUCUUAUUUUAAUAAGCCAAAAAAUAUGCUCUUGGCUCACUUUAUGAACUGGAGGGAAGAGUCUUUUCACCCAAUAUGUUUUGGGAUAUAAACUACAGACCUAUUUUUAAUAGCAAAGUUGACAAAUUAAAGUUACUUGAGCAUGCUGAAUACCUAAUAUGAUUCCAUGUCUCAGCCACUAUAAACACGAUUUAGAACAACUAUAACACCCAUAUAUAUAUGGGUGUUAUGGGUGUCAUAUAUUUCAUGCAUAUCCGCUUAAAUAAUUUUUAAAGAAUUUAGACAUUAAUCCUCUACAAACAAUAUAGCUUAUAAUGUUCUUCUCAUUAAUAUUAACUGAAAGGUAGAAAGGAAUACACUUAAAGGUCUGCAGAGGACAUUUUGACAGUGCAAACAUUUUUUGCAAGUUUUAUUUGUAAUUGAUAUGAAUGAUUUUACAUGCUAGCCAGACGAAUAAUGUGUUGAGCCCAAUUUAUUUAGUAUUUGCAUAAACAAAAUACACACCAUUAAGGUCGCUUUACUAUAAACAAAAUAGCACAAAGUGGAAUGUUUAACAAAACCAUCAAAUGUGUCCUUUUUUAAUGCAAAUGAGUGUGCACUUGUGAAGGUUAGUAUGCUGAGGACAAGGAUGAUGAAACAAUGUGAGGAAAAGUUUGUAGUAAUGGUCCCUCAUGUUCCCUUCCUACUGAGAAGUAUGUUUGGUUGACCUUAUUUUAAACCCUUUAAUCAUCUUGUGCAAAUAUGUUCCCUUGCCACAGGGCUUCAAGUUACAGGUUUUAAUGUGUAGAGGAUGCUUGCAGCAGGUGUGCAGUCAGACUUGAAAAAAAAUCUUACCUUACUUAAUCAGAGACUCUACUGUAUAAUAGAUUCACUUAGAAUUACACAUUCAUUUAAAAUAGUGGAGAAAAUGUGUGGAGGGAAAAAAACCGUAAUCUGAGUUAUAGGGUUGAGGUGAAGGUGAAAAAGAAGAGCUGAUUUAUUUUGGGUGAACUAUCACUUUAAUUUCCUUCCAUGGCAGCUUCAGCAUGUGCCUCUCAAUUGAUGAAAGGCGAACCGCAUUGUUUGUUCAGACCUGACAUUUAGUUCGAAAGCAUUUGAGUGUGACUCUACUCUGAUGAAUUUGUGCUCUUCUGUAAUUUCUUCCUGAAGAUGUACGGUUUGUUCACGAGACUGACAGCUGUGCUUUGCUUAUACGGGGCCAAACACAUGGUAAAUGGAAGGAAAAUAAAACCAAAAUAACUCAGCUGUAAAUGUAUUACUGCCACAGGUAGAAACAAUGGUGAUAUUGAACAAGUUGAACACAUUUCUUUCCCCUUUUAUUUUUUUCCCUUCCUGCAGAAAUAAUGUCUUGUAAUGAAAUUCCUUACAAAAUGUACUUUAUUA